AUGUCAUUUUCAAAACCUACACUUUCCAGAGAUUGCCUUUGGCAAUUAUUUGAUAUAAUUGUUAAUACAUUUCAAUGUAAAGAAAUCCAAACAACAUUAUUUUCAUGUUUAUUAGUGAAUCGACAAUGGUGUGAACUUUCCAUUUUAUUCCUAUGGAAGAAUCCAUUUUUCAAUCCAAACUUGCAUAAUCAAAAAAAAAAAUUGCUUUGCAAAACGAUCCUUUCUUGUUCAUCAUUAACCAAUUUCACCAUGAUUAAAGAUAUGAACAAAAAUUUAAUGAAAUCAUUACCAAAAUUACAAGUUCCCUUAUUCAAUUAUGUUAAUUAUAUCCGUCAUUUCAAUAGCGCAGAAAUCGACAUCAUGGCACAUUUAUUAUUCACCAGUGAGGAAUGGAAUCAUCAUACGAACGAACAUCUUCAUGAUGUUCAUUCUUUGAUUAAUGAACUUUGGAAGAUAUUUGUGUAUCAUUGCUCACCAAUUUCACUCAAUAAUAUUCCAUAUCAAAUGGAUAUUACAUUGCUUACGAGGUCGGGAUUAUUCUUUUCAAAGAUCACCGAAUUGGAAUGUGACAAUUCAUCAAGAUAUGAUCAGAAGUUAAUAACUUCAACUUAUAAAGCUAUUGCAAAAGUUUGUAGGAAUAUUCAAAAUAUCAACGUGAAUAGAUUUGAGGUGGAUAACGAAGGGUUGACUUACCUCAUCAAGGUUCAAAAUGGGUUAAAAGAGAUUAACAUAAUGAUGGAUGACAAUACCGCGCAUACCAAUGUCUUUAAGGAGAUAAGAUCACAAUCUAAAUCUUUGAAUCAUUUAACCUUUAGUGGGAAUGUGAGGUUACCAAAUGAAAUAUUUACUUCCAUGUCUAACCUAAAGUCACUUCAUCUGAAAUUGAUUCAUGAAUGUGGGAUAAGGCAUAAAAAAGGGGCAUAUGAGGUCUUACCUUUAACUCUCAUGCGUGCUUUGGAAAAUGCGUCUUUGCCAAAUCUAGAAAGUUUUUGCCUCAAGUACAAUAAUGAUAUUUCAGUUCCUUGGUUUCAACCUUUACACACUUUUCAAAAGUUAAUUUCAACCACAAGAAAUGGUUCAAUGAGAAAGAUUGAUAUUGAAUCAAAGUUAUCCGUUUAUCCGGAUUCUCAUAUACAUGCUUAUAUGAAGACCAUCACAACAUUUUGUCCUUUGUUAGAGUUUCUUGGGAUUUGUUAUAAAGAUAUCGCUUAUGAAGAUUUUGAACAAUUAUUAUUAAAUUGUGAUAAACUGAAAAUAUUAAAAUUAGAAUUCAUUAAAGAACCUUUAAUUCAAAUCGAGUAUGAUGAUGGUGAAGGUAAUAGGAGGAGAUAUACAAAAAUAUUAGAAUUAUUGGCUGACAAAGCCCCUGAUUCUCUUCGUAAAUUGUAUUUGAAAAAUCCCUUGUAUAUCACCAAAUAUAACCUUUGGGAUUUUUUGGACAUGUGGAAAAAUAAUGAAAGAAAUCUUUUACAUUUAGAAUUAAUCGGCAUGAUUGAAGUAAAGGAAGAGUAUGAGGAAGUUUUUGAACAGUUCAUUAGGAAGAAUAUUUUAUUAAAAGAUUCUGCCAUCAAAGGAAAAUCUUUUUGCAACCUCUAA